AUGGUUCUUCCUAUAUUCUACGAUGUUGAUCCUUCAGAGGUUCGCAAUCAGACAAGAACGUUUGGUGAUGCUUUGAAUCAACAUAGAAAACGAUUUGGGGAUCAAAAAGUAAAUGAGUGGAAAGUUGCACUCAAUGUGGCUGCUAAUUUGUCUGGAUGGGAUUUACAAACCAUGACAAAUGGAUAUGAAUCAAAGUUUAUCAAGAAAAUUACUGAAGAGAUACUAAGGGAAGUAAAUCGUACUCACAUGAAUGUUGCAAAGCACCCUGUCGGAAUUGAAUCUCGUGUUAGUGAUAUACUUCAUUUAAUGCAAAAUCGAACAAAGGAUGCAGCUCAGAUGAUUGGAAUUUUUGGCAUGGGAGGUAUUGGAAAGACAACCCUUGCUAAAGCAAUAUACAACUUGAGUUUUCAAAGGUUUGAAGGUAGCUGCUUUAUUGCGAACAUUAAGUCAGAAGUUUCUGAGGGACACAAGGGUCUAGUUCGUUUACAAGAGAAACUUCUAACUAAAACACUUAAGAGAAAGAACUUUGAUAUAGAUAAUGUCGACGAGGGGAUAAGUUUGAUCAAAGAAAGGUUGCAAUCAAAAAGGGUACUUAUUGUUCUUGAUGACAUAGAUCAAGUAAGUCAACUAGAAUCAUUAGUUGGACAAUGUGAUUGGUUUGGUCCAAGCAGCACAAUUAUAAUAACAACUAGAGAUUUUCAUCUAUUGAGUGACCUUGGAGCACAUGAAAAGUAUAUGGUCAAAACUUUAAGUUUUGAUGAAUCUUUGGAACUCUUAAGUUGGCAUGCUUUUUGUGUCCAUAUACCAUUAGAGGAUUACAAUGAAUUAUCCAAAAUGAUAGUAAAUUAUACUGGUGGUCUUCCAUUAGCAAUUAAAGUUAUAGGCUCUCACUUGCGUGGAAGAUCAAUGCAAGAAUGGACCAAUAAUGCUUAUAAAUUAAGAAGGAUACCUCAUGAAGAUGUUCAAAACAUUCUUAAAAUAAGCUAUGAUGGACUUGAUGAUGAUACCCAAAACAUCUUUCUCGAUAUUGCUUGUUUUUUCGUUGGACAAAACAAGAAAGACAUUGUUAUGGUAUUAGAAGCUUGUGGUUUUCAUGUUGAUAGUGGAAUUAGAACUUUGAUAUAA